AUGGAUCUUGGUCUGCAGAACGUUCAUGUUUUGCUUACUGGUGCGAGCGGCGGCAUAGGGCUCGCUACGGCUCGUCUCUUCCUGAAACUCGGAGCGCGAGUGACCGCGCACUACAACACGAAGUCCGCUCCGCUCGAUCCCCUCGUGCAACAAUUCGGCCCAGAGCGCGUCCGCGCCCUCCAAGCGGACCUCACGGUUGAGACCGACGUCGAGCGGCUCUUCGCCGCGUCCUCUGCUUCACCCUUCGGGCCGGUGCAGGUCGCGGUGAUUAACCACGGGUGGCACGUGUCGCGCGAGGUGCCCCUCGCGCAGAUAAGCUUGGAGCAGUGGGAAUCGACGUUCAAGGCGAAUGUGACGUCGUCGUUCCUCGUCGCGCGAGAGUACCUGCGUGGGCUCGAGAAGGCCACCGAGGAAGUCAAAGACAAGGCGGCGAUUGUAUUGAUCGGGAGCACGGCGGGUAAGAUUGGCGAGGCGGGGCAUGCGGAUUACGCUGCGUCCAAGAGUGCCCUGAUGUAUGGGCUGUGCCUCAGCCUGAAGAACGAGAUCGUGAAGAUUGCCCCAAAGGGACGUGUGAAUGUCGUUGCCCCUGGUUGGACGAGGACGCCUAUGGCGGAGGAACGCCUCGAGAAUCCGGACGUGAGGUAUCGGGCGCUCGCGACGAUCCCAUUGAAGAAAGUCGCGAGGCCGGAAGACGUCGCGCAUCAGAUCGUCGUGCUCUCCUCGCAGACCGUCUCGGGGCACGUUUCGGGGCACGUCCUGAUGGUGGAGGGAGGUAUGGAGGGCCGUCUCCUGAACAGGCCGGAAGAUCUGGGGCUGUAG